AGUGGGCAUGAAAACGUGCAGGUUAGUGGGCCGGUUUCGUCGGCGCCAAAAACGGAACCUCCAAAGUCAGGAUCGUCGACCAUUGGGCCAGUGCUUUAUGUGAAUGUCUCUAGCUCUACUAACUCUUUUCUCGAUUCUGCGAACCUCACGACCACUGUCAAUCCUCUUUCUCAAACUUCUUCGGAGGACCCCGAUCCGAGCACAAUUGCUCCGGUAGAAAUCGCGCCUGAAUCCGACGGAUCUCAAACUGCUCAUGACGACGCUGUGAGUAGGUAUGCAAGCGUUGAAACGUUUGUUGAUGAAAAAAUUGAGGUCAGCACAGAGAUUUAUACAGAACGGUCAAUACCCGAUAACUCUGAUGAAAUGGAAAUUCCUGGCAUACCCGAAAUGAUACCAAAACUCGAUGGGAAUCCGACAACAAAUGGUUCAUUCUCGGACGUGGAAGUUGAUAAAGGCAACGCUAGCAGCAGCGGUGAUGUGGAGACGAUCUAUACGCCCGGUAUUGAUUAUCCGGCAUCUAUUAACCUUAACGGGAACGACGAGUCGAGGUUGGAUUUUGAUAAGCCGCCAGAACAAAACAGUAGCGAAAAUGUAGAAGAUGAAGUAGAUAAAUCUAGUUUGGACAGUAAGCAUAUAGAUUCAAGUAAUGGUAGUUUAUUCUCCGAUAAUGAUAACGUCGGGUCUGUCAAUAUGUCGUUAUUCCACACUGACGCUAAAGCAAACGAUGAAGUUUUACCACUGGCAUUACCUUUAGUAGUAACUCGGAUAGAUAGCGAUGCUCAUAGCUCAGAAGAAGAAGAAGAAGAAGAAGAAGAAGAAGAAGAAGAAGAAGAAGGUGCACAGCAAGGGCCUUCCGUUGAAAUUGAAGCGAUAGAACCGCCGAGUAAAAAAGUUAAUCGAAAAACUGAUGAACGGAUAAAUGCGACAAUUAGUCAAAAUGACGAGGCGAUUUUCAAAGCGUCAAACGAAACGUCAGCCGGUUUGGAAAAAGCGAAGUCUUCCGGGGUUAUAAAAGAAACGAGAGAAUUGUCCCGCGAAGAUUCCUCGUCGGAGUUUGUUACCAGUGGAAUUUCACCCGGCAUUACAAACGUGCCGGAGAAAUCAGAGGAGCUACAGCGGGAUUAUCCAGUAUUUAGUUAUGGCCACGACGAAGUAAAGAUAAUAAAACUAGACCAGGAGAAGGUCGGGGUGACUGUGAAAUCCAAGAUAGCCCGCGUACCAGACCAGGAAAUAAAAUCCGCCUCAAACUUGGCAACUAACGAAGUAAGAAUUCAGGAGGAGGAGAAGAAUAAUCCCGAGGUUCCAGAAAUUAAACGCAAGGAGAGUCUGCAGGUUGUGAAUGCUGGAAGUGAGCAGUUUGGAGAUAAUACGGGUAAUUUGAAUGGCGAUGAGGACGAUAGUGAGAACAGCGUUCAACACGAGCCGACGAAGCUUAGUCAGAGGUCGGACACAGUUAACAAUAACUGCGAUAGCUCGUUGCAUGAAAAGCAUGAAACUACGAAAUCAUCUAACGCAAACUCUGUCGCAUCUAACUCAAACAGCAUUCCUGAACAUCCAUUAACGCAUCAAGUACACGUCGUAGAGGUGCCCAGAAGCGCUGAAUCGCAGCGACAAUCGCGACGAGUACUUGUAAACGUGACAAUUUCGACGGACGAUUUUGAGGGAACCGCUGAUUCGAAUAAAGCUUCGCGCCCGUUGUACAUGUUAUCCGUAUCCGUACCAACCGAUGGCCAAACUAACAAUUUUCCCGGAAUUAACAUCAGCCCAAUGCAAUUGUCGGGGCAACAGGCAAUGUCGAGCGUUGUGGAAAACUCGCGUGCCGAUGAAACUACCACCCUAAUUCCACCUCCGCCCCAACCCCCGACAUCACCACCUCCGAGUUGGGGUGGGGAAUGCGAAUGCUCGUGUCCUUGCAUGGAAUCUGAUGAGAAGGACAAAUUUUCAGACGGAAUUACCUCUUUCGAAAAUGCUUUAUUUAACGACUCUGAGAAUGACAACUUCGGUUCUUUCUACGAGGACACUGACUCAUUUACCAGCUCCGAAGAUUACUCCCAGAAUAUUAAUAAUUCAUUUCAUAUAAAUGGUUCGAAAGGUCUGUCAGACGUUGAGGAGUCGACGACAGAGUCUUCAUUAAGUAGUAUUUCGGAUUUGAACCUCACUCAGUCAACGACAGAAUCUUGGUUAAGUAGUACUUCGGAUUUGAACUUCAGCGAGUCGACUACAUACUCCUCGGAGGAGAUGACUACUCAAGGUUUUUGGUGCACUGGGACAACUCCACUUCCCCCAGAGCCCACUAUACUGAUUCUCGAAGGUGCAAGAACGUUUCCAGCUCGAUCCUUUCCACCUGACGGCACCACCUUUGCUCAAGUUGCGCUCGGACAACGUCUGAGUAAAGAAAUACCACCGUACAGUUACUGGAACAUGCAGUUUUACCAAUCGGAGGCGGCCUACGUCCGUUUCGACUACAACAUACCCCGAGGAGCGAGCAUCGGAGUUUACGCGAGGCGAAACGCUCUUCCGACUCACACGCAAUACGAUCUGUUGGAAGUCCUGAGUGGUUUCAAGGCUCGCACAUCUCGGGCGUCACAUGUUAGUGUCAUUCAACCGUCGAUCAAGAAAGAAGCUACGCACUACAUGGAACCGGGUCACUGGUUUUUGUCGCUCUACAACGACGACGGUGACCCGCAAGAAGUCGCCUUCAUAGCCAUCGUUGCCGAAGACAUGACGCACAACUGUCCGAACGGAUGCAGCGGAAAGGGUGAAUGUCUGCUCGGGCAUUGCCAGUGCAACCCUGGCUUCGGUGGCGAGGAUUGCAGCGACAGCGUUUGUCCGGUACUGUGCAGUCAACGGGGAGAGUACAUCAACGGAGAGUGUCAAUGCAACCCCGGAUGGAAGGGCAAGGAGUGUUCUCUGCGGCAUGACGAAUGCGAAGUUCCGGAUUGCAACGGCCACGGUCACUGUACCAACGGAAAGUGCAACUGCGUUCGUGGUUAUAAAGGAAAGUUCUGCGAGGAGGUCGACUGCCCACAUCCAACGUGUUCGGGUCACGGAUUCUGCGCCGAAGGAACUUGCAUUUGUAAGAAGGGAUGGAAGGGCGCCGACUGCAGUCAAAUGGACAAGGAGGCCCUCCAAUGUCUGCCGGAUUGCACUGGUCACGGGAACUUUGAUCUGGAGACGCAAACAUGUUUGUGCGAACCAAUGUGGUCCGGCGACGAUUGUUCGAAAGAACUUUGCGACCUGGACUGCGGACCUCACGGUCAUUGCGUGGACAACGCGUGCGACUGCGUGCCCGGCUGGUCUGGCGAGCUUUGCAACAUGAAACAAUGUGAUCCUCGUUGCAACGAACACGGCCAAUGCAAGAAUGGUACUUGCCUAUGUGUAACCGGAUGGAAUGGAAGGCAUUGCACAAUGGAAGGGUGUCCAAGCUCGUGUUCCGGACAUGGACAGUGCAGGGUGAACGGUGAGGCUCAGUGGGAAUGCCGAUGCUACGACGGUUGGGAUGGAACGGACUGCAGCGUUCUGUUGGAACAGAACUGUAGCGACAGCCGCGAUAAUGACAAAGAUGGCCUUGUGGAUUGUGAAGACCCGGAAUGUUGCGCCAACCAUCAUUGCCGCGAUAGCCAGCUGUGCGUCUCUGCACCAAAACCGAUCGACAUCCUCCUUCGAAAGCAGCCUCCAGCGAUAACUGCCUCGUUCUUUGAGAGGAUGAAAUUCCUGAUCGACGAGGGCAGUCUGCAAAACUACGCGCGUCAGGAGACCUUCAACGAAAGUGUGUUCUGGAAUCACUUCAACACAAGCCGUUCUGCUGUGGUUCGCGGUCACGUCGUUACUGCCCUUGGUACCGGCCUCAUGGGUGUCAGGGUGAGCACCAGCACUCCACUCGAAGGCUUCACCCUGACACGAGACGAUGGAUGGUUCGAUUUGCUCGUCAACGGCGGUGGAGCUGUUACUCUACAGUUUGGAAGGUCACCUUUCAAAGCGCAAAGCCAUAUCGUGUUCGUUCCGUGGAACGAGGUGAUUAUCAUUGAUAAAAUUGUGAUGACUACAACCGAUGAAAAGCAUAUUUCGCACAUUCCUCACGCCUGCGCCGCACAUGAUUAUGACCUGAUGAAGCCGGUCGUUCUUGCAACGUGGAAACAUGGUUUCCAAGGUGCCUGUCCAGACCGUAGUGCGAUUCUUGCCGAGUCCCAGGUCAUUCAAGAAAGUCUCCAAAUACCCGGUACCGGUUUGAAUCUUGUCUACCACAGUUCAAGGGCUGCCGGAUAUCUGUCAACAAUCCAGCUGCAGCUUACCCCUGAAACAAUUCCACCAUCCCUCAAUCUAAUUCACUUGAGAAUCACCAUUGAGGGUAUUUUGUUUGAAAAAACAUUCGAGGCUGAUCCGGUGAUAAAAUUCACAUACGCUUGGAACCGUUUGAACGUCUAUCGCCAGCGAGUUUACGGAGUCACAACGGCCAUGGUCAAAGUCGGAUACGAAUAUAUAGACUGCAAGGACGUGAUCUGGGAUGUGCAGACAACUAAACUGAGUGGUCACGACAUGUCAAUAUCGGAAGUCGGAGGAUGGAACUUGGACAUUCAUCACAGAUACAACUUCCACGAAGGAAUACUACAGAAAGGCGACGGCGCGAACAUUUAUCUGAAGCACAAACCUAGGGUUAUUUUAACCUCGAUGGGCGACGGGCAUCAACGACCAUUGGACUGCUUUGACUGCGACGGACAAGCAUCGAAACAACGAUUGCUAGCUCCAGUCGCUCUUGCGACAGCUCCGGAUGGCUCGAUUUUCGUCGGUGACUUCAAUCUUGUCAGAAAAAUUCUUGUCGACGGCACUGUCAAGACCGUAGUCCGACUUAACGCAACGAGGGUCUCGUACCGUUACCACGUAGCCCUGAGUCCAUUGGACGGAGUUCUCUAUAUUUCCGAUCCAGAAUCUCACCAGAUAAUUCGCGUCCGUGACACAAAUGACUAUUCAGACCCAGAGCACAACUGGGAAACGGUCGUUGGCUCUGGAGAACGCUGUCUUCCCGGAGACGAGGCACACUGUGGAGAUGGAGCACUGGCUAGAGACGCAAAGCUGGCCUAUCCAAAAGGCGUAGCAGUGUCAGCUGACAACGUUCUGUACUUUGCCGAUGGUACGAACAUACGAAUGGUGGACAGGGACGGCAUCAUAACAACGGUCAUUGGAAAUCACAUGCACAAAUCCCACUGGAAGCCAAUACCUUGUGAAGGAACGCUGAAUGUCGAAGAGGUGCACCUUAGGUGGCCCACUGAACUGGCGAUAAAUCCUCUUGACAAUUCUCUACACAUGAUCGACGAUCACAUGGUUCUCCAGCUCGCACCCGACGGUCGCGUGAAGGUCGUGGCCGGCCGUCCACUUCAUUGUGCAUCGCCGUCCACCACCUUCGAUACGGAAUUGGCCACCCAUGCGACGCUGGUGAUGCCGCAGAGUAUAGCGUUUGCUCCUUCCGGCGACUUGUACAUCGCCGAAAGUGACUCUCAGCGGAUAAAUCGGGUUCGAGUUAUCGGAACUGACGGCAAGAUUUCACCCUACGCCGGGGCAGAAUCGAAGUGCAACUGCCUCGAACGCGGCUGCGACUGUUUCGAAGCUGAUCACUACCUGGCAUCCAGUUCAAAGUUCAACACUAUCUCUGCUGUUGCCGUUUCUCCCGAUGGUAUCGUGCACAUCGGCGAUCAAGCAAAUUAUAGAAUUCGAUCUGUCAUGGCAAGCAUACCGGAUGCCAGUGGAGCCAGGGAGUACGAAAUAUACUCACCUGACACGCAAGAGAUCUAUGUAUUCAACAGAUUCGGUCAGCACAUUGCCACCAAGAAUAUUCUUACCGGAGAAACGAACUAUCUGUUUUCCUACAACGUGAAUACGAGCAACGGAAAAUUGAGCACCGUCACGGAUGCUGCCGGAAACAAAGUGUUCCUCCUGCGCGAUUAUUCAAGUCAGGUUAAUUCGAUCGAGAACACUAAGGGCCAAAAAUGUAGGCUGAGAAUGUCAAGAAUGAAGAUGCUCCACGAGCUCAGCACUCCUGAUAAUUACAACGUCACUUUCGACUAUCACGGACCGACCGGCUUGCUGAAAACUAAGCUUGACAGUACCGGGAGAAGCUACGUCUAUAAUUACGACGAAUUUGGAAGAUUAACGAGUGCCGUAACGCCAACUGGAAAAGUUAUCAGUCUGGCAUUUGACUUGAGUGUCAAGGGUGCGACUGUCAAGGUUGGCCAGAAUAAUAGAAAGCCUGUUUCCAUGCUCAUCAAGGGCUCGUCGGUAGUUACGAAAGUUGGAGAGGCUGAACAGCGGACCAUUGUUCUCGGAGACGGUGGCGUGGGUCAAGUAACCCCUUGGUUACAUACAGUGAGCACCGACACCGUUCCCUACUCAAUAUUGGCCGAAAUUGAACCAUUGCUCGGCGAAAGCUAUCCAGUGCCAGCUAAACAAAGAACAGAGAUAGCCGGUGACUUGGCGAACAGAUUCGAGUGGAGAUACUUCUUGAGAAGAGUGCAGGGCAACAAAAACCGUGGAAACACGAAAGCGGUGGCUCAAGUUGGGCGAAAGCUUCGAAUAAACGGAGAGAAUCUCCUCUCUCUGGAAUACGACAGAGAGUCGAACACCGUUGCUGUCUUCAUGGACGAUCGUGUAGAGCUCCUUAACGUCACCUACGACAGAACGGCGAGGCCCGUGAAAUGGGGGCCGAGAAAUGGAAUUUUCGCCGGUGUAGAUUUGGAGUACGACAGGUUCAGCAGAUUGACCAGUUGGACGUGGGGUGAAAUCAGCGAAACUUACGGCUUUGACAGAGCCGGAAGAUUGUACGAAAUAAAAUACAGUGACGGUACCGCGAUGAUCUACGCUUUCAAAGACAUGUUCAGCAGCCUGCCCCUCAAAGUCACAACUCCACGAGGCAGCGAUUAUCUUCUCCAAUAUGACGAGGCCGGAGCUCUUCAGUCGCUAACCACACCCAGAGGACACAUCCAUGCCUUCUCUCUCCAGACUUCGCUCGGCUUCUACAAGUACCAGUACUAUUCACCGAUGAACAGACAUCCGUACGAGAUUCUCUACAACGACGAUGGCCAAAUAUUGGCGAAAGUUUAUCCUCAUCAGAGUGGGAAGGUUGCCUACGUUUACGAUCACACGGGCAAACUGGAAACCACGUUGGCAGGAUUGUCUUCUAUCCAUUACACCUACCAAGAAGCCACGAGCCUCGUGCGAAGCAUCGAUGUAAACGAACCGAACUUCGAAAUGCGUCUAGAGUACAAGUAUCACGCGGGAAUAGUGAAGGAUGAAAAAAUUAAAUUCGGCAGCAAAAGCGGAAUGGACAACGCACACUACCGCUUCCAGUAUGAUGGUAACGCCCGAAUUUCGGGUCUCGAGGUGGACAUAAAUGGAAAGGAGUUGCCGCAGCUGCGAAUAAAAUACAAUCAAAAUCUUGGUCUACUGGAGGGAGUGAGUGACCUCAGAAUUCACAGGAACACGUUCAACAGAUCAGUGAUGCAGGACACGAGCAAACAGUUCUUCACGAUAACCGACUACGACGAUCAUGGCCGGAUAAAGACAGUGCUGAUGAACAUAAGAGCGUUGGAUGUCUUCAGAAUGGAACUGGAAUACGACAAUCGGAAUCGUAUAAAGUCGAGAAAGUUCAGCAUCGGUAGAGAGUCGAUGAUGGACAAGAUAACGUACAACGCCGACGGGCACGUUCUGGAAGUCGCUGACACGGACAACAACUGGCAGUACAGCUACGACGAGAAUGGAAACAUUAUUGGAGUUACCGAGCAAAACGAGAAGAUCACGCUUGGAUACGACAGCGGGGAUCGUGUUGUUCAGUACGGAGACGUCGAGUUCAACUCCUACGACGGUCGAGGUUUCGUUGUGAGACGGGGGGAGCACAAGUACAGGUACAACUCGAGAGGACAGCUGAUCCACGCAUUCGAACACGACAAAUUCCAGAUAUGGUACUUCUACGACGACCGCGGAAGGCUGGUGGCGUGGAACGACGACAGAGGAAACAUCACCCAGUACUUCUACGCUAAUCCAAGAACACCAGACCUCAUAACUCACGUGCAUUUCCCGAAGUCAUCCAAGACUUUUAGAUUCUUAUACGACGCUCGAGACUUUUUGAUAACGGUUGAAACCUCGGAACAAAGGUUCUACGUAGCUUCCGACCAGAACGGCUCGCCACUGGCGCUAUUCGACACGAACGGGAACCUCAUCAAAGAAAUGGGACGAACUCCAUUCGGCAAAAUUAUCAAGGACACUAACCCCGAUUUCUAUCUUCCGAUCGACUUCCACGGUGGUUUGUUGGACCCCAACACGCGACUGGUGUAUCUGAACAAACGUCUCUACGAUCCAGCGGUGGGUCAGUGGAUGACCCCGGCCUGGGAGCAAAUGGCUAAUGAACUGACGACUCCGACCGACAUAUUCAUCUACAGAUUCCGUAACAACGAUCCGAUAAACAGCAAACAGAACGUGGAAUACAUGACUGACUUGGCGAGCUGGCUGAUGCUGUACGGCUACGACAUCUCCGCUAUGCUCGGUUCGGAGUACACCAAGGGUAUGGUCUACCAGCCCAGUGCCACCAUCACUUCUCCCCAGCUCACGCCAGAGUUCGGGGUCAUGUCGGGACUGCAGUGCAUCGUCAAUAGGGUUCACCAGAAAUUCUCUGACCUCGGUUUCGUGCCAAAGCCACUUCUGAAGCUCGAACCAAAGACGAGAAACCUUCUCCCGAGAGUGGCGCACAGAAGAGCUGUCUUCGGCGAAGGUGUUCUGGUGUCCAGGGUCGGAGGUCGAGCCCUGGUCAGCGUUGUGGACGGCGUAAACAGCGUCGUUCAGGACGUGGUGACCUCGGUAUUUAACAGUUCGUUCUUCCUCCCGUUGCACUUCAGUGUCCACGAUCAGGACGUGUUCUACUUCGUUAAGGACAACGCGUUGAAGAUAAGGGACGACAUGGAGGAGCUCCGUCGUCUCGGUGGAAUGUUCAACGUUUCUACCCACGAAACAACCGAGCACGGGGCCGGGACGUGGAAGGAGCUCAGGCUCCACAAUCCGGACGCUGCAGUCGUCAUUAAAUACGGUGCAGACCCCGAGCAGGAGAGACACAGGAUAUUGAAGCACGCCCAUAAAAGGGCGGUAGAGAGAGCUUGGGAAAUAGAGAAACAGUUGGUCGCCAAUGGUUUUCAGGGACGGGGCGACUGGACCGAAGAAGAGAAGGAAGAGCUGAUAAACCACGGUGAUGUUGACGGGUACGAGGGCGUGGAUAUUCACAGUGUACAUAGGUAUCCGCAGCUCGCCGACGAUCCGGGGAACGUCGCGUUCACCAGAGACACUAAGCGUAAGAGGAGACGGAGUGGCAAUAGACGGAACAGAAUUCACAGGCACGAUUCGUGAUUUGAUAAAUUUUAAUUAACCGAACAUUUCACCUAUUAUAGUAAGAUAAAACCGCAAUGUGUGAAAUUCUAUACACGUUAUGAAAACGUAUAACAAAUUCAUGCGUAUGAAUAACACGUUGUGAUAUGUCCACGGUAACGUUUAGAAUUAAAACAAUCAAAAAGAAGACUUUUUAAACUGAACAAAUAAAAGAAGAAUAGCUCGAGUGAAACGAGGAAAAAAUUGGAGAGAUUGAAAAAAAAAUAAUUAAUUAAUCGAACGGUAAUGCAAAUUUGAAUGAAAAUUCAAUCUCUGCUACAUGUGGGGAAAAUCCUCGACUUAAUUAAUGAGACGACUGAGACUCGUGUGUAAUAUAUAUUACUAUUAUUUUAUUUGUAUCGAACUUGUUGGUGCCAUAUAUUAUUAUUAUCAUCACCAUCAUUAUUAUUAUUAUUACUAUUAUUGAUGUUGUUUUUAUUAUUAUUACUACUACUUUCGUGAUUUUUUUUUAUUUCUUGUUUUUUUUUUUUUGUAAGGAAUAAUCCAUAAAGUGUCAAAAUUAAACUAGUCGCAAGUAAUGAAACGAUGAGUAUAAAGCUUAUCCUUAUCGGGGUGAUUAUUUUAUAAACAAGAGACAAACAAUUAUAUGCGUGCUUGUGCGCUGUUGAUAAGCUUGUUAUACUCAAUUUAUGAGAUGCUGCGCAGGUGUAGUUUGAUAAAAAGUAAUAAUAAUAAUGUGGACACUCUCUGCGAUAAAUGUGAAUAUAAUAUAUAGUGAUGAUGUUCAUUGUUCGGUACGCAUAAUAUAAAAUAUGGAUUUUAUGAUAAUGUUAUCGACAGACAAAUGGUAUUAAAAUGAUCGAUAUCUGUCCGCGUGUGAGUGCAUGUAGGUACGUGUUGCGUGCCAGCCAUGAAUUUUUGAAGAGAAUUUUAAAAGGGUGAAGAAAAAAAAAAUGGUUGAGAAUAAAUAAAUAAUAAUAAUGACGUAAAAAAUAACAAAAAAACACGCAACAUUGAUGGGUUUAUAACAGGGUCUAUGACACAUACAAAAACUAAUAUAUUUCAAACGUGGUAUAAGUUUGCUCCACUUUAUACAUAUAAAUAUAUUCAUACAACAGCGUAUAAACUGCAGAAACUUUAUAAUUGUUGAAUGAAUGUAGAUAAUAGUGCAGAAAUUAUUAUCCUUACCUGUCAUCAAUGGUGAAAGAGAAAAAUCAGCGGAGAUAUUUCAAUGCUAUUGUAUUAAUAAUUAUUAUGAUAAUUAUUAACGUCGAGAACAAGAAUACCCAACAAAUAUUUUUAACAGAGUAUGACGAUGAAGGAUAAAGACGGUGUAAAUAUUAUACAAUAUAAAUGAAUCAAUAUGUAAAAUGUAGAUAUAACGUAACGUAAUUAUACUUAUAUAAUAUAUAUAGUAUAACGAUGGCAAGUUCAAUUUGGGGGAAAAAAUUUUUGGGUAUGCUUUUUUAUACACACACACACACACACACACACGACAUCAUCUGACUAUAUUAUAUGCAUACGUAAAACAUACAUAACAUACAUUAUGCGUGAUACACUUAAUAUCGUGAGACGAAAAUAUACAUUAUAGAUAAUCGAAUCGAGGAAUUUUCGCACAACAUGCCUACCACAGCAGGGAAAUGAUAGAUACAUAUACUAGUCGAAUGCAUAUAUUGAGUUACACACAUGACACAAUGAUACAUGCGUAACAUGCUAUAAUAUGGCCUACUCGGAAAGUCGGCGGCAACGUUCGACGUAAUUCAUUCGCGAUCGGAAAUUAGAAAUUGCGUAUGCAACCCUAAUUAUAUGUGUACGUAUUACAUAUACGUUAGGAUACACGAUACAAAUUAGGUAACGUAUGAAAUUUCUCGAAAUAAUUCAGAGACACAACUGUAAAUAGAUACACAAUAUAAUAUAUUAUGUAUGCAUAGAUGACGGUAUAAAAAAAAAAAAUUGUACCUAGUUCGUAAGUCGUAGCGAUAAAUAUCGGUAAAUGUAAAAGAUUACUACCCUACCUUCUAAACGA